AUGAGGAGGGUCAAAAAACAGGAGUUCGAAAGACGUCGUCGACAAUGUAUUUCAGAGAAGAUGACAGAGCUAAAUGACCUAGCGAUGUCACUGGUUGGUGGCGACGUAGUCCACAAAGACAAGGAAAAUAUGCCUCCAACAACGCCCAUCCAACCAUCGACCGCACUUCCUGAAAAGUCUGUGAAAGUCGCAAAUGUGACCUCGGAGAGUGGAUACCACGGCAGUUUCGCCAGCUGCCUCCAACAGCAAAGCCACAAUCAGCCAAACUUCAGUGCCGACACCGACGUCACCUUCACCCCAAUUCGUCGACUUCUUGAUGGAACACACCAUCACCUAUCACUUAGUCAAUUUCUAAAUAUCUCCGAAACUCAAGACUGCCCUCUGGAUCUUAGCAUUCCCAAACGCCAUGACAAGGGUCGCCAUUUGUGGAGACCAUACGAGACUUGA